GAACUACUGUGCGCGCUGCCGCGUUUCCGGGCGGGGACACUCUGGGCGGGACACUGCGCCGCCGACCGAAGCCGCCGUGCGGGGCCAGAGGGCGGCCAUGAAGUUUAGGGCCAAGAUCGUGGACGCGGCCUGUCUGAACCAUUUUACGCGAGUCAGUAACAUGAUAGCAAAACUUGCUAAAACCUGCACCCUCCGCAUCAGCCCCGAUAAGCUGAACUUCAUCCUUUCAGACAAGCUGGCCAAUGGAGGGGUGAGCAUGUGGUGUGAGCUGGAACAGGAGAACUUCUUCAGCGAAUUUCAAAUGGAGGGUGUCUCCGCAGAAAACAAUGAGAUUUAUUUAGAGCUAACAUCGGAAAACUUAUCUAGAGCCUUGAAAACUGCCCAGAAUGCCAGAGCCUUGAAAAUUAAGCUGACUAAUAAACACUUUCCCUGCCUCACAGUAUCUGUAGAGCUGUUAUCUGUGUCAAGCAGUAGCCGCAUUGUGACACAUGACAUCCCCAUAAAAGUUAUUCCUAGAAAAUUGUGGAAGGACUUGCAAGAACCUGUGGUCCCUCACCCUGAUGUUAGUAUUUAUUUGCCAGUCUUGAAGACUAUGAAGAGUGUUGUGGAAAAAAUGAGAAACAUCAGCAAUCACCUUGUUAUUGAAGCAAACCUAAAUGGAGACUUGAACUUGAAAAUAGAAACUGAAUUAGUGUGUGUUACAACUCAUUUUAAAGAUCUUGGAAAUCCUCCAUUAGCCUCUGAAAACGCCUCUCAAGACAGAAACCCAGAACAAAUGGCUGAAGUGCACUUAGAUAUCAGGAAGCUCCUACAGUUUCUUGUUGGACAACAAGUAAACCCUACGAAGGCUUUAUGCAAUAUUGUGAGUAACAAGAUGGUGCAUUUUGAUCUGCUUCAUGAAGAUGUCUCCCUUCAGUAUUUCAUCCCAGCACUAUCCUAGCACCCCCUUGCAAGAUUGGGGUGCACAGAGACUGUCCUAAUGGGGAGAGGCCAUAGGUGAUGUGUCUGACUGAUUUGUCUGUCUUCAGAGCACCACAAAUCGACGCACUGUACUUAUUUCUUCCUCUAAAAUAUUUUAACUAAAAAUUGAAUUAAUGAACAGCAGUUGGAUAAACAUAUUAUUUCAUGUUACUCGUGAUUGUUCUGUUUUUAAGACAUUGAAAAGAAAAGCUAGAAUGUAUUUAUUCAGACUUUCAAUAACAGUUUCUCAUUUAAGUUGUAAAAAUUCUUCAUGUAUUUAGAGUUGGUAUAGUAGCCAGAACUCACAAGUGUCCUGUGGAGCUCGGUGCUUCCCGCCCCACCCCCACCCAUCCCAGCAGUCUCAGACGGUGUGUAGUGCACAGUUGGUGGCUCUUGCAUUCAGCAUCCUCGCCUCCCUUUACUCCUGUCCCUUGGAGUCCAGUGACAGAAAAGAUGGCCCCUUGUCACCUCACCAUCCACCUUGGUUACUCAGAGCAUUGUGGGGUGUCACAGCUGUAGCAUUUGGAGCCUUUUUCUGACUUGUUGAAGACUCAAGUCCACUUGAUGCCUGGAGAGCUGGACCAGCCAACAGUUCCCCUCUGGUAGCCCUCCUGCUCCACUCAGUUUCUCCCUGGGGCCAGUUUUGGUCUUAGGCUAUAAUUCUGUAUAUUUCUUUCUUUCUCUGUGCAUUGAAUCUGUCAUUCUGGAGAGAAUACCUUUCUAUUUAGAAUAGAAGCAAAUGAAGUUUCUAAGUAGCAUCUGUGUUAAGUGAUGAGACCAUAUUUCUGUUUAUAUAUCAAAGGUGGUUUAGUACUGAUGGAUGUGCUUUCUCAUUCUCUAUGAAGUUUAUUCCAUCAUAUCUCCUAUUACAAUCACAUCUCCUUUGCCCUGUGGAGGUGCACAUCAUAAACGUUAUCUUAUGUCACAUUACAAAGUCGAGACCUAAGUUGUUUAGGAUAAGACGAAGAAAUGGAAAACCAGAAAAAAAUGAAAAUUUCCUUUUCAGCUUUUUCACAUUAUUUGGUAAAACCAAUGUAUUUGAAUGACUCUCAUGAUGUUUAAUAAUGUUAGUUUAAGUAGAAUGGAAUAUUUUGUUAAACCAACAUUUUAAAUGUAAAACAUACUUUUGUAAUUUUUAAAGUCUCUCUUCCCUCUUUGACUUGUAACAAAAUUCUGGCUACAGUGAUAAAAGUUAAAUAUCAUGAUGCAAAAUGAAAUGAUACCUGAAAAGAGUUUCAUAAAACUUGUAUUUCUGUUAAAAUAUGUUUAGUGACUUAACCAUUCACUCUGUGUUUAUUAUCAAAUAUACCUGAUUUUGAUGAUU